CAUUGGCGGCGGCGGCGGCCGGAAGCGGAAGCGCUGCCGAGUGGCGGCGGGCGGCGGAGGGAGCGCGGCGGCGGCGGCGGGGCUGCGGUGUGCCCGCGGGCCAUGGGGAGCUGAUUGUUUUGGAUCCUCAGAACCCCAAGAAGAAGCAAGACCUAGACAAGCUUUAUGAUCUAAAAGCUAAAGCCCAACAGAUUAUGAACCAGUUUGGCGCAUCUGCCUUGAUCAACCUCUCCAACUUCUCCUCAAUCAAGCCAGAACCAGCCAGCACCCCCCCACAGAGCUCCAUGGCCAACAGCACCACUGUGGCAAAGAUGCCAGGAACGCCCAGUGGAGGAGGGCGGCUCAGUCCUGAAAGCAACCAGGUUUUAACCAAGAAGAAAUUGCAGGACCUGGUGCGUGAGGUGGAUCCGAACGAGCAGCUGGAUGAAGAUGUGGAAGAGAUGCUGCUACAGAUCGCUGAUGACUUCAUUGAGAGUGUGGUAACAGCUGCCUGCCAGCUCGCACGGCACCGCAAGUCCAACACUCUGGAAGUCAAAGAUGUCCAGUUGCACCUUGAGCGCCAGUGGAAUAUGUGGAUCCCGGGCUUUGGUUCUGAAGAAAUCAGGCCCUACAAAAAAGCCUGCACUACAGAAGCUCACAAACAGAGAAUGGCACUGAUCCGCAAAACGACCAAGAAAUAGCCCCUGGACAGAGCCGGAGACACCACCAGUGCAGUUUGGGAUUCCUGCCGCUCACUGAAGCCUCCAUGAUGUCACCUGUGGGAUAUUUUUUUAAUGCUUUACAGAGAAGCAUCUAUUUUUAUUAACGGUGCAGCAAUAUCUUGACUUGAUGAGGAGACCUGCCAAAAACAUUCUACGCCCUGUUCUCGUUACUCCUCAGAAUGCGACAUAUCUCAAACAGACUUUUAUUUGUGACUUGAAAGUGGUUUAUAGUACAAGUGAUUAUCCAAGGGACAGAGCAUUUGAUUGUGUGUGGGACAGUAUUAGAAGCAUCUGUAGAGGUUUUUUGUUUCCUCCUUCCUGCCCCUACCUGCUCCAGUACUUUGUAAUGUCAGUGUUUAUAUAAAUACUUGCAUUUGUUUUACAUGAAUAAAGAAAUUAUUCUAAGCUGCUGUGCUCUUCAAGCAGCAUUGCACAGGGAAGGUCCCUGUCA